AUGCAGCACAACGGCCAUUUCGUCAGCAGUCGGUCACCGCCUGCACCUAAUACCAAGUCUAUCCAGCACCGGAUUCAACCCCAGGAUCAUGACCAGAGCCAGACUUACAGUCAGAACGACCAGGACUCUGACGACGGUAACCAGCUGCAGAGCGCCGACGAGAACGACCUCGAGCAGGACGACCAGGAUGCUACCCGUCUUGGGAAGCGCAAGAGACCCAUAUCUGUUUCUCGAAAUGGUGCACUGUGCGAGUACAAGGAACGUAAAAAGCCCGGCCUUCGCGCCGGCUACGGACGCGAGCUGGAGCAACGUUUGGACAAGCUUGAGGAGAUCCUCAGGUCCCAUGCCGAGAUUCUACAGGCCGCCUUGACCUCUGGCCAGCACCAGGGCACGGCAGCAAGCAUACGGAAUAGCAAUCCAAGUCUCCCUAGCGACCAAGGCACCCCGCGGGAAACCAAUGCCUUGUUUCGGCCUUCCGAGUCGAUUCGGACCCCCCAGGCAGAGACAGCCUUGUUUCUUCAAAAACCGUCCUCCUAUCCGCCCAACACCCAGUCUAUGGAGUUUGGAAUGCCGCCUCCAACCCCAUCCAUGCAUGAGUUUCAAGGGCAGAUGCCCAUGGCCAGCAUGCCCGCGCCUACUAGCCACAUCUCUGCCAUAGCGCACCCUAGCAGCGCAGCUCAGGAAUACUAUGGGACGAACCAGACGCAGCUUCACUCUCCGGAUGUUGCCAUGGCGCAGAGCCAGGCUUCAACAUCAUCCGACCAGGAACUACCACCCUACGACCUGCUCUAUGCCCUGGUCGACCUUUACUUCAAGCAUAUCAACACGUGGUGUCCUAUCCUUCACAGGAAGACAACACUGGACUCUUUGUUUGGGCCUUCAACCCUGGAAGAGAGCGAUCGCAUCCUACUCCAUGCCAUCGUGGCGACGACGCUGCGGUAUUCGACCGAUUCGAGACUGACCGAUGAGAGCAGGCAACACUAUCACUCCAUCUCCAAGCAAAGAGUCCUGCUAUACGGCAUGGAAAACUCUUCAGUCAAAGCCCUGCAAGCCUUGGUGAUUCUUGCCCUGGAUUUGGUUGGAGAUAGUAACGGCCCUCCCGGGUGGAACAUCAUGGCCUUGAUUACGAGGUCUGUUGUGCAACUCGGGUUGGCUGUGGAAAGCACGUCUUUCUCGGUCUCGCCCAGCUUCACCUCCAUCUAUACCCUCCGGGCCAUGAUUCUGCCAGAACCCAAGGACUUCAUUGAGGAGGAGUCAAGACGGCGCCUUUUCUGGAUGAUUUAUCUCCUGGAUCGGUACGCCACACUGGCCACUGCGUUCGAAUUCGCACUAGACGACAAGGAAAUCGACAGAACACUACCAUGUCGAGAUGACAUAUGGGUCAAAAACCAAAAGGUCGAGACACGGUGGUUCCGAACUCAUGAUAACCAGGAGGACAUGAAUCCAGAAUACGACAUCAACAAGCCGGAGAACCUAGGAGCAUUCUCCUACUACAUAGAGAUCCUAGCGAUAUUGUCCAAGAUCCACAAGUUCUUGAAGCAGCCUGUUGACAUCAGCGCUUUGAGCGACGUGGAGCAGUGGCAGAUGCGGUACAAGGAGCUUGACAAUAUGCUUACUUCAUGGAAGUUCGGUCUCCCCGGUGAAUACGGCAACAUGGCCAAGCUGUUCCAGCCCGGAAAUAAGAUGCUCAACUGCGGAUGGGUGAUGCUGCACGCCACCUAUCACACAGCCGUCAUACGGCUACACUCCUCGGCCGCGUAUCCCACCACUCGGUCACCAAUCUUUACGCCUUCAUACAGCGCUUCGCAGCGCUGUCAUGGCGCAGUCGAGAACAUUGCAGCGCUGGGCGAGUUCGUCGUCAACAAUGGGCUCUUGGCGAAGUUGGGCCCCCCCUUUGCCUUCACCCUCUGGGUGGCCUCGCGUUUACUGCUCGUCCACGGCUCCACCGUAGAGCACAAGCUGUCUCCACAGAUCCAAUUCUUCGUAGAGACGUUGCGAGAGAUGGGGCAUUACUGGCCGGUGGCAGCGCGCUACUGCAUUCUUCUGCAACGUGUCCUCGACGAGCACCGGGAUAGUGAGCGGCAAGGCGACGGUGUCACACCCAGUUCGGUCAAGAUACUGGCUGACAUGCGGCGCACAGCUUUUGACCUCGAUUUUCUGAUAUCUCGCCAGCCACGGGCAAACGGUAUCCCCAGCCAUAGUCGUCUACCAAGCGUUACACCGGCGAGGACGCCGGCACCAAAUGAGCUUGAAUAUCUGGACGUGUUUGAUUUCUUCAACGUACCGCGGUUGCCGGUAGGCAAUGAGAAUGUUGCCGGCAGUCGGCCCGCCAUGAAUAAUGCCAACGGGCAAAACGGAGCUUCGUCUGGGAUGGAAGGCAGUAGUGGAAGCGGCAGUUCCCACGCGCCAGCUAAGCAAGGCAAUGAGUUCAACAUCACAAACUUCACGGUCGAUGCUACUAGCGACUGGUUGUUUAAGCAGGAUGGUGCUACAUUUCUUUCUUAA